GCGGCUGUACUGGGCAGACUGGAACAGAGACGGUCCUAAAAUCGAGAUGUCCAACAUGGACGGCACGGAUCGGACGGUGCUGGUGAAAGACGACCUGGGGCUUCCCAACGGUCUGACCUUUGACCUGGAGGACCAGCAGCUGUGCUGGGCCGACGCAGGAACUCGUAAGGUGGAGUGUAUGGACCCUCACCGCAGGCUGAGGAGGCAGAUCGUUGAAGGAAUCCAGUAUCCCUUCGCCCUCGUCUCCUUCGGGAGGAACCUUUACUACACCGACUGGAGAAGGGAGGCCGUGGUCGCUGUGGACCGCCACUCAGCGAGGGAGGCCGAAGAGUUUCUGCCGCAGAAGCGCUCUCGGCUGUACGGCAUCACGACGACGCCGACACAGUGUCCACAAG